UGUGGCAAGAUCCCUAUGCCAGGCAGUGAGGCGAAACGUAUGACAGAAAUGAUGGCGCGCCUGAGAUUGUUAAGUCUGACAUUGCUGGCCGCUGCUGCGCAUGCUCAGUGGAAUGCCAACGUCUGGGAUAACCGACAGGUUAUGGUCCACCUCUUCGAAUGGAAAUGGACUGACAUCGCGAAUGAGUGCGAAAAUUUCCUUGCUCCAAGAGGUUACGGCGCCGUUCAGGUCUCGCCGCCGACGGAAUGCGCGGUCGUGCAUCAGGGCGACACACAGCGGCCGUGGUGGGAGAGGUACCAGCCGGUGUCCUACAAGAUCGCCUCUCGCUCUGGCGACGAAAACGCCUUCAGGGACAUGGUAACUCGAUGCAACAACGUGGGGGUGAGGAUCUACGUAGAUGCGGUGAUCAACCACAUGACUGGCGGAUGGCCUCUGGGCACAGGAGCCACGGGCGGGUCCUCCUUCGACUCGGGCGCACAGUCCUACCCCGGGGUUCCUUACUCCGCUUUCGACUUCAACGACGGCAACUGCAACACUGGCUCGGGAGCCAUUGAAAACUACGGUGACUUUUACCAGGUUCGUAACUGCAAGCUGGUGGGGCUGAACGACUUGGACCAAGGCAGCGAGUACGUCCGCGGGAAGAUCGUGGACUUCAUGAACACGCUCGUCGGCUGGGGCGUCGCCGGCUUCCGCGUCGACGCCAGCAAGCACAUGUGGCCCGGGGACAUGAAGGUCAUUUUUGAUCGACUAAAUGACCUCAACACGGCUUAUUUCCCGGCGGGUUCCAGGCCGUUUAUUUACCAGGAGGUGAUCGACUUGGGUGGCGAGCCCAUCAAGGGGACGGAAUACACCGGCAACGGACGCGUGACGGAGUUCAAGUACGGCAAGUACCUGGGCGAGGCCUUCCGCGGCAGCAAUGAGCUCCGGUGGCUGAGCAACUUCCACGAAGGCUGGGGCAUGUUGCACCGGGAUAACUCCGUGGUGUUCAUCGAUAACCACGACAACCAGCGAGGCCACGGCGCCGGCGGAGACAUGAUCCUCACCUUCCGCGUCUCCAGAUGGUACAAGAUGGCUAACGCGUUCAUGCUGGCUUGGCCUUACGGCUUCACCCGCGUGAUGUCGUCGUACUACUGGGACCAAUGGUGGGAGAAUGGCCAGGAUAAGAACGACUGGAUCGGACCUCCUCACGACGGCAGCUUCAACAUCAUCAGCCCGAGCUUCAACGCCGACGGCAGCUGCGGGAACGGCUGGAUCUGCGAGCACCGCUGGAGGCAGAUCUACAACAUGGUGGAGUUCCGGAAUGUUGCCCAUGGGACGGACAUGAACGACUGGUGGGACAACGGCAGCAACCAGAUCGCCUUCUGCAGAGGCAACAAGGGCUUCCUGGCCAUCAACAACGACGGAUGGGAUCUGAAGGAGACGCUGCAGACUUGCCUUCCUGCGGGUACGUACUGCGACGUCAUCUCCGGGUCGAAGGACGGAGGCUCCUGCACGGGCAAGAGCGUGACUGUGGGCGGCGACGGAAGGGCCUACGUCGAAGUCCUUUCAGCCGACUACGAUGGCGUUCUUGCCAUUCACGCUAAUUCCAAGUUGUAGAAAUCAAGAAAAUAA